AUGGAUUAUCAAGAUGGGAACUUGACAACUCUUUUGCUACAAAAGGAAAAAGAGCUGCAAAACUUGUCAAAAAUGAGAGUUAUGCAGCUUCAAGAGCAGCUGUCAAGCAAAGAUCAAACGAUCUUUGAAUUGGAGGCACAAAUAAGAAGACUUCAUGAUGAUUUUAAUUACAACUUGACUUUGAUUCAGCAGAGAGACGAAGAAAUUGCAGAUUUGGAAGAAAAAAUUAAUGAUAUGUCAUUUAGAAACAUGGGGAAGAGCCCUAUGAACACUUAUUGGUCACAAGAUGAGCAAGCAAGCUCAGGACGAUUAAGAGAAAUUUACAUUAAAGACGAAGAACUGAAUCAUGUAUUUUUUACUAAAAUUUUCCAUAUUAAAUUUUUAAAUAAAAAAAAUCAUAAUUAUUCCUAAUAACUGAAAAAUGCUAAUGAUAAAAUCCUUUUAUUAGAAAACAAGCUAAAAAGCGUCGAUGAAAUCGAAAUCCAGCUACAAAGCGCUAAAUCAGAGAUCAGCAGGCUUGUAUUUGAAAGAGAUUCAGAAAAAGAAAAAAAUUCAGAAUUAAUUGAAAAUUUAAAUGAACUGAAAAUUAGAAUAGAAAAAGAAAAAAAUGAGGUUGGCAGGGACUGGUAUAUGAAAGAAAGAUAUUAUAAAGAAAACGAAGAAAAAUUAAUGAAAAAUAAAUUGGAUUUAGAAAAAGAAAAUUUUGAAUGGAAAAGAAAAUUAAAUGUCGUUAUAACAGAAAGAGACAUCGAGUUAGAGCAGAUUAGAAAUAAGCAUGAAAUCGAUAUGGAGCAUCUAAAUGCGAACAAGCAAGCUAUUAUUGAUAACUUAAAUAGUGAUUAUAAAGAGCAGAUAUCUAAACUUCAGUUUCAAAUAAAGCAGCUUUUAGAAGAAAAUUCUAAAAAUAGCCAAUAUAUCGAGCAGACAAAUACGCAAUUUUUUGAUAACGAAAGAAGACUAACUGAAGAAAUUUAUGAGCUUAGAAAUGAUAUGACAUAUAAAUUAAAUACAAUUGAGCAGCUAAAAAAUGCUUUACAAAAUAAAUCUUCUGAAUUAGACAAUAUUAAAUCCCCCGCUCCGUGAGUGAACAAAAAAAUUUUGUUCACUUACCGAGCGGGUUAAUUUUUUUGUUUUUAAAAAAAUAAUAUAUAAAUUUUUUAUAAAAUGUUUUCUCGAAAUUUAAAAAAAUCUUACUUCUAUGAAAUUUGGAAAGUAAAUAUUAAUUUAAUUUGUAAAAUUAGUGUUUUUAAAACGCAAUUAAUUUAAUAUUAAACAGAUUUAGCUCCACAUUUCAUUAUAAUAAUUAUCACUUAUAUAUAAAAAAUUUUGUUCAUAAAAAGGUUUUCUAUUUAAAAAAAUUUUUGUUCACGGAGGGGGAGUAAGCUCCAGCUAGAACAUUGAAAAAAUCAAGCAAACUUAAAAUCUGAAGAAUGCUUAAAAAUAAAACAAAACCAGAUAAAAUACCAAAGUAAAGCAGAAGACCUCGAAAAAGAGCUGAUAAGCUAUAAAGAUUUUCAUUUAAAAGAAAUAAAUAACCUUACAAAUGAAAUGCAGGCAAGAAUUGAUGCCCAGCAAAAGCAACAUUUUUCUGAUGAAAAAAUUAUUAAAAAAUUGGAAAAAGAUAACAAAAUAUUAUCACAAAGAAUAGAAAAUAUAGAAAAACAUAAGCAGCCACACGAAUAUCAAGAAAUUGUAUUUGAGCUAGAAAGGGCAAGGGAUGAAAUUUUUACAAAAGACCGUGAAUUAAAUCGGGUAAAUAAAGUUUUGGAGUCUAUUAGAAAGGACAAGGACAAGAUUUUGCAAGAAAAUCAGCAGUUUAGAGACGCAAAUGUAAGAUUAAUUUGCGAUAAAAAACCAGCAGAUAUGUAUGAUAAGCUGCAAGAUAUAGAAAACAAUAUUGGUAUGAUACAUAAUGAUAUCUCGAAUAUAAAACAAAUUAAAGUUAUGCCAUUCAACUAUCAAAAUUCAAGGUCAAAAAGUGUGAUAGGGUAUAAUGACACAUUAAGCAGUAAUCCUGAUAGAACAGCAAAACCUAGUAAAAUUCUUCAAGUUAAGAAAAAACUUGACAGAAAAUUUUCAAAAUUUGAUAACUUUUAG